UAAAUAACAGGCUCUGCAGUCCACUACCAAACACUUCUCGUGUAGAGUGAAUCAAAUUGAACAUGAAGAAUAGCGUGCUUUUCCUUUUUUUCCUUUUUGUUGUCCAUUUGUCUCUUUCCCAUAAAAUUCAUAACGCGUUUCCAAAUGGUGGUAAAGCAUGGGCUUUACUAGUGGCCGGUUCAUCGGGAUUCGAUAAUUACAGACAUCAGGCUGACAUAUGCCACGCAUAUCAAAUAUUGCAUUCAAAUGGCAUACCCGACGAGCAGAUAGUAAUAAUGAUGGUCGAUGAUAUUGCCUUUAAUAAAAAAAAUCCGACUCCAGGGAAGAUUAUAAACUUUCCAGGAGGACCGAAUGUCUACAAGGGCGUACCGAAAGAUUACACUGGCAGUGACGUAAAUCCAAGUGUUUUUCUCAAUGUCCUUAAAGGAAAUCAAACUGGGGUCAGAGGGAUCGGCAGCGAAAAAGUAAUACUCAGUGGGCCAAAUGACACCAUUUUUGUAAAUUUUGUCGACCAUGGUAGUCCUGGGUACCUGUCCCUUCAAGAUAAAAUGUUAUAUGCUGAUGAUCUUGCAUAUGUCUUGAAUGACAUGGCCUCGAAGCAACAAUUCAAGAAGAUGCUAUUUUACAUAGAAGCUUGUUAUUCAGGCUCGAUGUUUGAUGAUAUACUGCAAGAUGAUCUUAAUAUACUUGUAAUGACUGCAGCAGAUCCGCAUGAAAGCUCAUUCGCUUGUUUUUGGGAUGAAAGUAUAGGGACGUUUUUAUCUGACGUUUUCACCUCAGUGUGGCUUAACGACUCUAGCCGAGAAGGCAGCAUAGAAGACAUAAAUCAUCAGUUUGAAAAAGUGAGAACCUUAACAAACACAAGCCAUGUUGAAGAAUAUGGUGACAUCGACAUAGGAAACACAAAAUUAAGAGAAUUCAUUGGUUUCCAUAUGGAACGCAACUUACAAGAAGAAAAUAUAUCCAUAGCGCCAAAUGAUGUCGCAGAUAACAUCGAUGUGCCUCUAAUUGCACUAUCAAAAAAAUACGACCACGAAAAAAAUGAAAAAAAGAAGAACUUGUUAAAACAUAAGAUUCUUCUGUAUUCAAAGAUGAGGAAAACUAUUCAGACCUUAGUUAAUAGGGUGUUAGCAGCAACUGUGAUAGAUUGGGUUCAAAGAAUAAAAAUAAUCAAUUCAAAAUCUACACUAGGAACUAAAAAUAUGCCCUGUUACAAGCGAGUAAUCGAAACAUUUUCGUCUAAAUGUCUAUCAGUUACAAAAAAUCUGUAUGUGCGAAAACACCUUUACAUAUUUACCAACUUGUGUGCUGCUCCGAAUAUAACAACAGAAGCAAUUGUGACCGGAAUUCAUCAGUCAUGUAAAGCGCCGUUGACACUGAAGUAUUAACAAUAUGAAAAUAUGAAGAAAAAAUAUGAAAAAAAAAAGAUACACAAAAAUUGAACUGCAAUUUAUUUAAAAAAAUAGAUCACUCCAAUUAAGAAAAUAUUAAAAGUGAAUAGUGACUUAACAAGAAAUUAUUUCAUAUGAGAAUAUGUAUAGCCUAAGGUCAAUUAUAUAAAUGUUUAAGACAAAA